AUGGCCUCGUUCGAAGGAAAAGUGAUCGCAAUCACCGGCGGCGCGAGCGGGAUCGGGCUGGCAACAGCUAAACUGCUGGCUUCGCGUGGUGCGACUCUCUCGCUUGGCGACACCAACCAAGCCGGUCUGGAUGAUGCCAUCAAGUCUCUCUCUGGUGGCAAACAUACCAGCACUGUCAUCGACGUCACCAACAGCAAGCAAGUAAACUCGUGGAUCGAAAAGACCGUUGCAGACCACGGAAAGCUCGACGGCGCAGCAAAUAUGGCAGGCAUCGUCCUUAAGAUCGCUCCAAUAAAGGAGGAGACAGACGAAACGUGGGCCAAGAUCAUGGACGUCAAUUCCAGCGGCGUGUUCUACUGUCUGAGAGCACAGCUGAACCACAUGAAGGAAGGAGGAAGCAUCGUUAGCGCAUCGAGUGUUGCUGGCCAGUCGGGAUUCGCAGGACUGGCAGCAUACUGCGCGAGCAAGCAUGCAGUCAUCGGCUUGACGAGAGUUGCUGCGCGAGAGCACCCGUCAAUUCGUGUCAAUGCGAUUGCGCCAGGAACCAUUGCAACGCCGAUGGUCAGGGAAAUGGAAGGACGAUCGGGUCAGCCUCAACCAACUGUACGACAAUGUAUCGAUCGACAGGCGGAUCCCAGUGAGGUGGCAAAGGUCAUUGCUUUCUUGUUGUCUGACGAUGCAAGUUUCGUUACUGGAGCCGUGUACAAUGUAGAUGGAGGGUGGAUGACUUAGGUCCGUCAGGAGACGCGCGUCGUGUCGAAAGCGGGCAUU